AUGUUGACUCAGAAAAAGCUUCUCUAUUUGAAAAAGGACUGGCUGAGUGGAAGCACCGUCACUAAAGUUACUGCACUUGGUUGCAAAACUUGGACUGCGGAUCCUCAUUCAUUCUCUGUUUCCGAUGAUGGAUUGUUUGCCACGUUCCUCCAAUAUCAGGAUCCAAACUCUUGCUUUGAUCACGAUUCAGUCUUUGUUGUUUCUUUUUCUACUCCAGAACAGUCACAUCGUGUCAGUCUCUUUCGAAAUCAGCAGGGAGCGGAAAACACACCUUGGAAUCCACGGAUACUUUCAAUAUCUUGGGGCUCCCAAACCUCGUCAUCACUUUAUGUUAUUAUAUACGAGGAUGGCAACAUGCCUGUUUGGAAGAUCGAUAUAUCCCAAGAUGAUGGAAAAAUGGGUUGGAAGGGCCUAGCAACGCCAGUAUUACAGAAUGGGUGCGUUUCAUCAUUAUUUACAUUAACUAGGCGAGAAGGCCAAGAAAGAAUCUUGGUAGUCCGUUCGACAUUCGACAGGGCAGGCAUCGUUGAGAUUAUAGCACAUGAUGCUGAUUAUCAAACUGGGGUUCGUUUGAUUGCCGAACACUGCGUCCCAUCGUCUUCGGCAAUGCAUGAGAAAAACUCCUUCCAGGGCGCCGAGGCUAGAAUAUCAGCAUUUAUCCAGAAACCCGGGCAUUUCGUAUCUGGCAAGAAGUACCCAGUGAUCAUCAUACUUCAUGGAGGUCCUAAUGAUGCCUGGAGAGACUGCUGGCCGAAAUUCUGGAACCCGUUAGUCUGGACAGAUCAAGGGUAUGUAGUUAUCACUCCAAACAUCAGCGGCUCAACAGGAUAUGGAGUUUCGUUUGCGACUUCCAUCUACCAGGACUGGGGCGGCAGAACGUUGACAGAUCUCGAGUGUCUUUUCUCUCACAUGGAAACUUCUAUGCCAUUUGUCGAUUUGUCUCGCGUCAUUGGAGCAGGCUACAGUUUUGGUGGAUACAUGAUGAAUUGGAUCGCGGGAAACCGCUUAUCUACUCGCUUCUGCGCCCUGAUUGUACAUGCAGGAUUGUAUUCCACCCGAAAUUUAAUGUCUGGAGACUUCCCUGUGUAA